GCCGAAUUCAUGAGCUCUCUAGUCUCUCUUUUUUUUUUUCGCUCCAUUCCAAACGCUGCGCAAACGCUGUGAGCCUGUCACGUGUGGGUUACGUGAGAGUGAAGAAGAGCCGCCGGCAACGCCGCCGCGGCACGUCUCCUCCAGCUGCCUCUUGCGUCCUCCGCCGCCUCUUUUCCUGCUCGCUGGCAGCCGCGGAUCCAUCGAGAAUCGAGAGUUGGGGGGGGGGAGAGUGAGCCCGAGGGGAGAGGGCUCUAGUCGGGUUCCGCCGAAGAGAUGGGCGGCGCGGCGGCGGGUACCAAGUGGAUCCACCACAUCCAGCGCCUCAGCGCGGCGAAGGUGUCGACGGAGGCGGUGGAGCGGGGCCAGAGCCGCGUCAUCGACGCCUCACUCACCCUCAUCCGCGAGCGCGCAAAGCUCAAGGCAGAGUUGCUGCGUGCUCUGGGUGGCGUGAAAGCUUCAGCGUCGCUCUUAGGGGUCCCUCUUGGUCACAACUCAUCCUUUUUACAAGGCCCUGCAUUUGCUCCUCCACGCAUAAGGGAGGCCAUUUGGUGUGGAAGCACAAACUCUAGCACAGAGGAAGGCAAAGAAUUGAAUGAUCCUCGGGUGCUAACUGAUGUUGGAGAUGUCCCCAUUCAAGAGAUCCGUGACUGUGGCGUCGAAGAUGACAGAUUGAUGCAUGUAAUUAGUGAGUCUGUCAAAACAGUGAUGGAGGAGGAGCCUCUUCGACCGUUGGUGUUAGGAGGCGAUCACUCGAUAUCUUAUCCAGUGGUUAGAGCUGUGUCUGAAAAGCUUGGAGGACCUGUUGACAUUCUUCAUCUUGAUGCACAUCCAGAUAUCUAUGACUGUUUUGAAGGGAACACUUAUUCACAUGCCUCUUCAUUUGCCAGAAUAAUGGAAGGUGGUUAUGCCAGGAGACUGCUACAGGUUGGAUUGAGAUCAAUUACCAAAGAAGGGCGUGAGCAAGGGAAGAGAUUUGGUGUGGAACAGUAUGAGAUGCGAACCUUCUCAAAGGACCGAGAGAAGCUUGAGAAUCUGAAACUUGGGGAAGGUGUAAAGGGAGUGUAUGUCUCAGUUGAUGUGGACUGCCUUGACCCAGCGUUUGCUCCCGGUGUCUCUCACAUUGAGCCAGGAGGCCUCUCGUUCCGCGAUGUGCUCAACAUCCUCCAGAAUUUGCAGGGUGACGUUGUCGCCGCCGAUGUGGUGGAGUUCAACCCACAGCGUGACACGGUGGAUGGGAUGACAGCCAUGGUCGCCGCGAAACUGGUCCGGGAGCUCACUGCUAAGAUUUCCAAGUGAGACGGUCAGGAUCACACCAUUCUUCGUGAAGCAAUGUGAAAGUGUGGAUUUUGAUGUCUCGGUGGUUUCUUGGUCUUGGUUCAUUUGUAUCGAGCACCAAACGCUUCGACAUGUGACAAAGCUUAUGUUAAUGUUAACAACGUAAAGUUGUUUUCUCCUACUCCUAUUUAGAUCAUUCUAGAUGCUUACCAUGUAUUUAGGGUGGGGAUUAUGAAACCAAACAUGCCAGAUUCUAGAACAAAUGCUCCGAUUGUCAGGAUUUUCUGGAACUUAACUUGGAUCUGAUUAGUGAGCUGGAAUGACUAAAUUAUGGUUAAUGC